CAAACAUGAAGCUGAUUUGGGUCUUCAGUGCCCUCUUCGGGGCUUCCUUGUGCCUGGAAACGUUUGUUGGACACCAGGUUCUCCGAAUCAAAGCAAGCAACGAGGAACAGAUUCAACAACUGCACCUUCUGGAAACGCUGGAACAUCUCCAGCUGGAUUUCUGGUUAAGACCCUCUACCCCGGCUCUCCCUGUGGAUGUCCGGAUCCCCUUUCACAGCCAGCAAGCUGUCAAAGUCUUCCUGGAGUCCAACAACAUUGAGUACUCUAUCCUCAUUGAAGACCUGCAGGUUGUACUGGAUGAAGAAAAGCAAGAUAUGGCCCUCAGCCAACAACGGGAGCGCAGCAGCAGCACUUUCAACUAUGGAACUUACCAUUCUUUAGCUGCGAUUUAUGAAGAACUGGAUAAUCUCGCACACGAGUAUAGCAGCAUUGUCAGCAAACUCACGAUUGGGGAAUCCUAUGAAAAGCGGCCUCUGUAUGUGCUCAAGUUCAGCACUGGAGGAACGAACCGUCCUGCGAUCUGGAUCGACGCUGGGAUCCAUUCCCGAGAGUGGGUCACCCAAGCAAGCGCCAUGUGGAUAGCUAGAAAGAUUGCUUCUGACUACGGCAGCGAUCCGUCCAUCACCUCUCUGCUGAACAAAAUGGACAUUUUCCUGCUGGCAGUCACCAACCCUGAUGGAUACGAAUUCACUCACACCAAAAAUCGCAUGUGGCGCAAGACACGCUCCAAGAAUCAAGGCAGUCUGUGCAUUGGAGUUGAUCCAAACAGGAACUGGGAUGCAGGUUUUGGAGGUCCUGGAGCCAGCAGUAAUCCCUGCUCUGACUCUUACCGCGGGCCCAGCGCCAACUCGGAGGUGGAAGUCAGAUCCGUCGUAGAUUUUAUUAAGAAUCAUGGAAACGUCGUGGCCUUCCUCACCCUCCACAGUUACUCUCAGCUCCUCAUGUACCCCUACGGCUACAAAUGCACUAAACCAGCAGACUAUGCAGAGCUGGAUAGCGUGGGCAAAGCUGCUGCCAAUUCCAUCCGUUCCCUGUAUGGCACCACCUUUAAAGUGGGGAGCAUUUGCUCCACUAUCUACCAAGCCAGUGGAGGCAGCAUUGACUGGAGCUACGAUUACGGCAUCAAAUACUCCUUUGCCUUUGAGCUGCGGGACACUGGUAAUUACGGCUUCCUCCUGCCCGCAAGCCAAAUCAUCCCAACGGCGGAGGAGACCUGGCUGGGCCUGAAGACCAUCAUGGAGCACGUGCGAGACAAUCCAUACUAGAAGUCAGGAUGGGAAUCAGCUGUC